AUGUCGUCCAUUAUUUCGACGCCCUCAUCGCCUCGCCAUGUUAUUCCGAAAUCGUCAAGUGAAGCGAUUUUGGAGGAAUCCCCCACGGCGGAAGAUGCUGAAGAAGUGUGCCCAAUUGAUUCAUUCUCAGCAGCACCGCAAAUUCAGAAUCAAUUUGUGAGUGUCGACUAUCCACCGAUCACAGAGCAAGUAUCCGUUAAUAAUCAGAGCGAUGCCCUUGAAGUCCUCACUACACACAAGAACUCGGUGAUAACUGAAAGAACACCUCCAUUUGAACGUGACAAUUCAACGAAGGACAUGAUCUUAGUCGACCGUGUACGGGAGAAGCUGCAUAUCAGCAAUGAACUCUAUCGAGCCGCUCUUGCUGAAAUGUUCUGCACCGGAUUCCUGCUGGUCCGUAGCUACUGUGAUUUAUCGCUCAAUUUCUCCGAGUUCCUUCAAAAUUUGACAUAUCCGUUUCGUUAG